UGCAAUUGCUGAUUUUAUUUACACAUUAAUCAUAAUAUUAUAUACACAGAGAUUCCUAGUCGUUAAUAGGAAUCAUAUCAAAACGAAAUCAACAAAUUGAUUUAUCUAAAAUAUAUUUAAGAUUUGUGUUUAAAAUUUGUGUGUAUUUAAUAUAUACAAAAAUCUCAUGAAAACGUGUUCAAGGAUCUGUUGAAAUUUUACACAUUUCCCAAUAGAUCAAUUUGAUAAACUUAAUUCAAAAUGACCAAAACAAACGAAUUGGUUUUGGACCAAAAUAUAAUUGAGAAAAACUUCAAGGUGGUGAAAUCACUGUGUGAGGGACCGUAUGGAAACACUGAUUUAAUUUGUGACAAUGAAGGAAAUUAUGUUGUGAGAAAAAGGUUCAAUAUUAGUCUUUUGUCGGAUUUUGAGCGUGAUUUAUGUCUGAAUGAAAUCGAGAUAAUCUCAAAAAUUGACCACCCUUUCAUUGUAAAGUACAUUUACAGUUACAUUGACAGGAAGUACCUGUGCAUCUUAACAGAAUAUUGCAAAGGAGGUGAUUUGCACAAAUAUAUAGCAUACAGAAGGAAAAUAAACAAGCCAAUACGAGAAGAACGGAUACUCAUAUGGCUUGUACAACUCCUCUCAGCCCUUAAAUUCCUACAUAAAAGAUACACUCUUCACAGAGAUUUGAAGACGUUGAAUAUUUUAAUCGACUCGAAUAAGAACUUGAAGAUAUGUGAUUUCGGAGUGAGUAAAUCACUGAAUAGAACCUCUGAUAACACAAGUACACUUAUUGGUACACCAUACUACUUCAGCCCGGAACUUGUCAACGGUCUGAGUUAUGGUUUCCCAUCAGAUAUUUGGGCUCUUGGGUGUAUAGUUUAUGAACUUUGCACAUUCAGAACACCGUUCCACAACGCUAAAGGAAUUGUAGAACUCACAAGACUAAUCAAUGAGCAAAAGGUACCGGACUUACCUCCGGCGUAUUCAAAGGAGUUGAAUGCCCUGUACAGAUCAAUGAUGUUCCAUGACCUUAAGUACAGACUCACAGCUGGAGAGUUAAUAUCAACUGACCUAUUACAGAGAGUUGUUAAAAAAAUGAUUAAAGAGGCGAGUUUGAAGAACAAAAAUAGGAAUGAAGAUACGAUUUAUGAACUUGAACGAUACAUCGUCUCAAAAUCAAUAACCACCGGCGACAAAUGAUUUUUAAUGACCAUCCAAACAGAAAUAAGAAUUUAAACAAUUAACACAAAGGAAUUUAGUGUACCUAACGUAUGAAUAUGCGGAUUUAGCAAAUAAAAAGGGGGGAGAUAAUAAAAAUUUUAAACAAAAGGGAAACGAGAAAUUAACUUAAAAAGAGAAAAAUGUAAUAAUUAAUAAUGUUGUAUGAAAAUUGGAUGAGAAAUUGAGGUUUCAAUUAAUGUUGUGUAGAGUGGUAUGGUUGUAGAUGUGGGAACGUACAGACAAAUGUGC